AAAAGCUAUCCUUUGUAUCCAUAGAAAAGGAAAAACUAAAUGCGCAAAAGCUUGAAUUAAACCAAAUAGAAAGAACGCAUUAUAACAAGACAGAGGUCAAAACAGGUGGUUUCAAGGUGUAUACGUUAACGGAGCAAAUUCACAAGUGUGGGAAAUGGAGGCAAAUAAUGCGCUAUUAUACCGAUCGAGUAUCCGACCUAUGGAAGACGUUCUCCAAGGGAUCUAAAGAUCAUACAUGGCACUCGUAUCAAGUAUGUGUACUCCAACUACCUCAUACCAGCACAUAUGACUCAACUGUUGCUGCCCAUUGUGAUAUUCUUGAAGGGUCUUACCAACAUCGAAACAAUAUUUACCGACAGAGUGAAAUUUUACAUAAAGUGCUGCUCGAAUAUAAAUACCAACAAUUCAUUCGGCGAAGAUUAUUUUAUCUAUUUGCUAUCCAUAUUGUAUACUAUAUUACGUUCUCCACUGGUGUUGUGUUUUCUCAAGAGCUGAAUAAUAACAUUAUCGAAACAAAAUUUAGAGUGAGGUCACCGGGACAAAUGGCUUCCAUCGGGCUGAUGUGUGCGGCGGCGGUUGUACUCAUGCUACAAAAAAUAUGUCAAUUUUGGACAUCAAGUAGAAAAUUGUCUUGGCUUUGUUCAAUUUAUCAUUGGAUAGAUAUUGCUGCUGUGAUACUCCCUGUGUUUACAUUUGUUCACAUGAUCAAUGGAUGGAGUCAUUUUAGUGAAUUAUGUAGUGCCACCACGUUAAUUUUGUGGAUACAUGCUAUAUUCAGAAUACGAGUGAUUCCUUCAUUUGGAUACAUUAUUGAAACCGUGAUUGAAACCGCCAGAAUUGUGCGUUCUGUCGUUAUCGUGAUGCUUGUUGUCGUCUUUAUGUUUACCAACACAAAUAUGGUUCUGAUCCAUUUAAAACCCGAUGAAUAUUAUCAAGAGAAUUACAAUGUGAUUUAUAGCGGCGUGGUGGGGAGUGAUAAUUCAUUUGGCCACUCCAGUGGAUCCUAUGGAUUUAGUAACGUCUUUCGAUCCUUCUCGCAAAUUUGUUAUUUUAUCUAUGGCUCGUGGGAUCCUGCCAAUGAUGGAGCUGAAGUAGAAAGCAUUAUAUUUAUUAAGGUGGUUUCUAUUUUGUUCUCGGUCAUGACGCUAGUGAUGCUGUUUAAUCUGCUCAUCACUAUCAGAGCGAACCGUUUGGAUGACAUACGGAAGCACGCAAGAGGUAUCUGGUAAGGGGGAAAAAAAGCAAAUAUAUAAAAAAAAACAAAAGAACUCAUAUCUGUCACUUGCAAAAAAAAAAAAAAAAAAGGGUUAAGCAUUUUUCUGCUGUAGCAUUUGAAUUAGAAAGUUAUUGUCGUCCAAAAGAUGCAAGGACGUUUAUUCAAGAAAAUCCAACCCAUGUCUAUUAUUUAGCAACGGAAGAAGACGUCAAAAACCAGCAAGAAAAACUUGACAAGGAGACCAAGGAUCUGUUGAAAAAAUUGAAAGUUGGCAAUUCUACAGAACCUCCUCCAUGUGCUUGCUGCAAAAAGCAGUAGAUGCUGUAAUCACCUGUACUUUUUACCCCUCCUCCUCAAUAGAAAAACUUGUAAUCAUUAAAAAUUUCAAAAAUUAUAAUUCGAGUGAUACUCGUAUGG